AUGCGCCGGGUGUACCCAUAUCGGGCUUUAUACAUCAUUUACAAAGUAUUCUACAAUCUCUUCUUGCAUCCAUUGCAGCUAUAUCCCGGCCCACUGCUGGCUCGUUCCACGAAUCUUGUAUAUAACAAGCACAUCGCAGCUGGAGACGUACACAUAUGGAUCAGACAACUCCACGAGAAAUAUGGACCAUUUGUACGCAUUGCGCCAGAUGAAAUCACAUGCGUCGAUGCUCAGGCAUGGAAAGACGUCUACGGAUUUAAAAGAGAAAUGGUCAAAGAGGAAAGAUUUUACGGCAAAGAUACUAUGAACCCAAAUGCACCAGGAAUUGCGUUGCAUCAACAACAACUGAUGAUCAAGACGUACGCAGACAUGCUUUGUAGCAAGCUCAGUGUACUGUCAGCCAAGGGUGAGAAGGUUGACAUGGUCAAAUGGUUGAACUACACGACUUUCAACAUCAUGGCCGACAUGACAUUUGGCGAGUCUAUGGAAUUGCUAGAUGGCUCUCCAAACAGCAACUGGGUCGACAUGCUGUUUGAAUUGCUGCAGUUUGUAGCCUAUAGGCGUGUGAUAGCCCAUUGGCCAAGCCUCGCGGUCAUCGGCCAAGCUCUAGUAGUAAGGCUAAAACAUGCUCACAUGUUAUUUCUGUGUAAAUUAACCGGCUCUAAGCACCAACAAUUCACUAAUGAGCGCAUCUACAAGCGUCUAGCGCGCAAGGCUGAAAAGCCCGAUAUGUGGUCCUUUGUCGAGGACAAGGUUGGCAAAAAGGAAGAUGCUCUUCACAAGAACGAGAUUGCCUCUACCGCUGCAAAUUUCAUGAACCCUGACAAGAAGAAGCGCCUUCAGGAUGAGGUGUGCAACAACUUCUCAUCGACUGAGGAAAUGACCCUGCAGAAACUCGCGCGCUUGCCGUAUCUCAAUGCAUGCAUUGAAGAGGGACUGCGGUAUUAUCCACCAGUCGGCAACGGCCUUCCGAGGCUAGCCGUCGUGGACAGUGUCCAAGUCUCUGGUCGAUAUCUUCCAAAGGGCGCCAUCGUGACUAUACCCCAAUGGGCUGCAUACCGCAACUCGGUCAAUUUUCACCGCGCAGACGAGUUUCUGCCCGAGCGCUGGAUGCCAGAGGGCCAGGCUGAGUUUGGCAGCGACCGCAAGGAUGUGCUUCAGCCCUUUUCAUAUGGACCACGGAAUUGCCUUGGCAAGAACUUUGCUUACCAUGAAAUACGCGUCUUGCUUACUGUGAUGUUGUUUUACUUUGAUUUUGAGCUUUGCUCCGAAUCCAACGGGUGGGUCGAUCAAAAGAUUUUUACUUUGUGGAUUAAGCCUCCGCUAUGGAUGAAGCUAAAAUCCCGUGCAAUAUAA